AGGCCUAACUAUUCUGUUAGCCAAGGUCCACAGAAUGCUAGAGGGAAAAAGAAGAUGAAAAAACUUCUCCAGAAAGCAUAUGCUGCUGGGACAACUUCUGAUCUUUACAUGGCAUAUAAGGGGCUGGAGGAAAAGAAAGAAUCUGUUGUUUCUUCCGAAGUCACUGAUAGCGUUACUUUGAAGCAGGAGUCUGCUGAUGUUCAUGGAGGAAAUGAUGCAGUGAGCGAGAAAGGGGUGCAGAAUAAAGCUGAGCCUGAUGAUUGGGAAGAUGCUGCUGACAUAUCUGCAUUGAAACUUGAAAGUCCAGCCAAUGCGGGGGAAGUUCAUGGAGGAUCAUUGAAUUAUGGAAAGGAUGGAAAUGAAAAUACGGACAAAAAGUAUUCUAAAGAUUUUCUCUUGCAAUUCGCAGAAAGGUGUAAAAAUCUGCCUGAGGGUUUUGAAAUUGCAUCAGAUAUAGCCGAGGCCUUGAUGGUUGAUGAUGACAGAUGGAAUAAGCAGCCAGGUCCUUUUGGAGGGAGAGACCCACGUCUUGAUAUUGGUUACGGAAGCAAUGCAGGAUUUCGUCCUGGUCGAGGAGGCAAUUAUGGUAUUUUUAAAAAUCCUCGGGUACAGGUUCCUGUGCAAUAUGAAGGGAUUUUAUCUGGACCAAAUUUGGAUGUUGGCCAUUCGAGUCCUUCCACACGAGCUGGACAUGGUUCAAGGAAAAAUAAUUUCACCCCAGAUGAGGAUAUUCUCCUUUGUUCUGCAUAUAUCAAUACAUCCAAAGAUGCAAUCGAAAGAAAUAAUCAACAAUCUAGUACUUUUUGGGGCCGGGUUUGCAAAUAUAUGGAGGAUAAUGGAGGAACAUUGGGAGGUCGUUCUGCAGCUUCUGUAGAAAGUCGUUGGAGUGAAAUCAAUAAGCAUUGUGGUAAAUUUAUUGGAUAUUUAAGCAAGAUUGAAAUGCUAAAGCAAAGUGGACAAACUGAGCAAGGAAGGUGUAAUGAGGCUCUGGAACUAUACACCUCCGAAAUGGACAAGCCAUUUCAUUAUCACCACUGUUGGGAAGUUUUGAAGGAUGAUCCAAAAUGGCAAGCAUCUUUAUCAUCCACAAAGCAAAGAAACAAUAAUGAAGCUAGUGUUGAUAUAUCCGAUGCUGUUGACUUAGGGGACGACAGCGAACCCUCCUCUAACCAGGAAAGACCAUUGGAAAGAAAAGCCUCAAAGGAGAUGUUGAAGAAGAAAAAAGGGGAAGAGGUCGGUGAGGGAUCAAUUUCAACUUUCACACCAGAAUUUUGGAAACACAAGGAGGAAUGUGAAAAAGAAAAAGCUGAUUCCCAUGAAAGAGCUUUGCAACAACACCAAGAAAUGCUACAUAUUCAGCGGCAACGUCUCAACAUGGAUAUUAUUCAAACAAACACUAGUAACAUGGAUCCCAGGCAAGCAGCGUACUUUAAGCAAUUAAAGGCGAAAAUUUACCAAGAUAUGGGUUUGUAAACCUAAUGGUAUUUGUUACAUAUAAGCUACUUAUUGUCAUGUAUUUCCCGUGUGUUCAAUAAGAUACAACUUUAGUUGA